AUGGAAGGCAUGGAUAUGAGCAGCAGUUCUGCCUCAGACGGUAUGAGCUCCUCCAUGGGCUCUAUGAGCAUGACUAUGGUAUUCCACAACACCCACGACACGCCACUUUUCUCCAAUGGUUGGACUCCUUCGUCCUCUGGUAGCUUUGCAGGCACAUGCAUUUUCUUGAUUAUUCUCGCUAUCAUCGACCGAUGCCUUAUUGCUUUCAAAGCAACGAUGGAGCGCCACUGGCUUGCCACACAUCUCCAUCGACGAUAUGUCACUGUGGCUGGCAAAAGCACCGAAGCUGGCAAGAUUGACGCCGACCCAGAUGCGAAAUUUGCAUCCCUUGUCACCGCGCAGGGAGUUGAGGAAUCAGUCAAAGUUGUGCAGAACAUCACCCGCGGGCCAAUUCCCUGGCGGUUCAGUGUUGAUCUACCGCGAGCAGUCCUGUUCCUAUUCAUUGUGGGCAUCUCUUAUCUACUCAUGCUAGCUGUGAUGACUAUGAACGUCGGUUAUUUCUGUUCGGUGCUUGGAGGCGCUUUUCUCGGGGAAUUGGCGGUCGGCCGCUUCAUUCAAACGAAUGAGCACGGACACUGA